GUGAGGGACCAAAGCGUUGGUCUCUUGCGAUACUUAAGGCGUCCAGACUGCCCGACCUUUCAGUACCACAGAAACUAAUCACUCAUCGCUCACCAGUAUCCCACUCACAUCUGAUCUUGGAGAUGGCAUCCCUCUUAUCUACAGACAGUUCUGCACCCAGUUUGUCAUCGUUAUCCCCCGACAUGGAUGAAGUGCUCACCGGUGUCCGAUAUAUCAUGGAGAUUUCUGUGGCCGCACAAGAUACAAAGCUCUUAGACAUCAUUUCUAUUCUGACCACUCAAGCCGAGAAAAUCAAGGAAAGAGAUCAAUCGAUCAUCAUCAUGCAGUCGAAGCUAGACUUACAGCAGACCAUCAUGGAGGAGAUUCGCUCGGAACAGCGACAGCUAAUGUCAGCCGUCGCAUCCUGCUUGGAAAGCAACGCGCAGCAUGCGCAACAUGCCUCAGCAACACUUUCCCCCCCUAUCAUGUUGGAAAUGCCAGAGCCUGUGACACCCGCUAGGAACCCAGAAAGAUUGCCAAUCACUAUCUCAGUGCCAGAGUUACCUUCCUCUCAGGCAACUCCCACACCCGCAUUUCACCCUUCAUUAUAUCGUAACAGCAUUCCUGUCGCGCACGCCAAUUUGAGGACUGCUACCACUGAUGACCGAUGGAGGGCGCCGAAGCGCUACAUCAAAACACAGCGGGGUGGUCAACUUCGGCGCCAGGGUGCUUUCUAUGGUACUCCCGACUGGAGCACCAUGUCAGAACUUUCUGGUGGUGUAUCUGAUUCUGGUGCACCUCCUUCCUCUCCUCCGGCGAGUCGUCAGGUUCAAGAGGAAGCCAUCUCCGCAGCGGGGAAUUCUCGCGCAGAUGUGCACACACUGGUAGAAGUUACGCAGGAGAUAAACACUGCUGCCGAUACCGUGAAGGCUACAGUAAGCAACGAAGGCGAUAGGGCCUCUUCCCGUAACUCCUGCAAGCGUUGCCGAGACCCCGACGAGCAGGAGGCACGCAGGACUGCAAACCGUAUGGACAUAUCUAGCAUUGUUCAUACUACGCCCGAUGGGUCUUCUCCCUCCGUUUCGUUCUCUUUCUGUUCCACUGGGCCUAGUCCUGCUCGGGGCGGUGGCUCUGACCGUGAUGGCCCUCCGAAGCGCAGACGUGUGUCUCAAGAUAUCGUUGAUUCUGAUCUGGUUUCUGAUACGAAACGCCUGAUCCGCAGGAGUCCGCGCCGUGCGAUACCCCGUUGAUACCGGUUUUUCGACUUACAUAUUUCCUCUGGUGUAUCAUAUAUAUCUUGAUUACUAUCCGCCCAAGACCUGGGGAUGAGCGCUUAGGCGGUUUGGUUGCACUAUUUAUAUGAAUCACGUCGACAUUAAUG